AUGCCGCGCCAUAGCUGCAGUUCCGACUUGGCGAUCUCCUCCCUGCGGACUAUACUGAUACCUUCCGUCUACAGAUCUGUCCCAACGCAGGAUCAGAUCCUCGUUCCUGAGACCUUGUUGAAGAAGAGAAAGAGUCAAGAGAAGGCCAGGGAACAACGCGCCGCCGAGCUUGAAAAGAGAAAGAAGGCCAACAAGGAGAGGCGUGGAGUCAUCUUCAAGCGGGCCGAGACCUACGUCAAGGAAUAUCGCGAUGCCGAGCGUGAAAAAAUCCGUCUCCAUCGCUUGAGCAAACAGCAAGGUACCUUCUUUGUUGACGACCAACCCAAAUUGGCUUUUGUCGUCAGAAUCAAGGGUAUCAACAAGAUUGCCCCCAAGCCUCGCAAGAUCCUUCAACUCCUGCGACUUUUGCAGAUUAACAAUGGUGUCUUCAUCAAGUUGACCAAAGCCACCCAAGAGAUGCUUACGAUCGUCAACCCUUACAUUGCCUAUGGCUAUCCCAACCUCAAAACGGUUCGAGAGCUUAUCUACAAGCGUGGAUACGGCAAAAUCAACAAACAACGUAUUGCUCUUACCGACAAUCAACUCAUCGAGGAUAACCUUGGCAAGUACGGCAUUGUCUGCAUGGAAGACUUGAUUCACGAGAUCUUUACUGUCGGACCCAACUUCAAGCAGGCCAGCAACUUCUUGUGGCCAUUCAAGCUGUCCAACCCCAAUGGUGGUUUCCGUGCCAGGAAAUUCAAGCACUACAUCGAAGGUGGUGACCUUGGUAACCGAGAGGAGGCCAUCAACGCUCUGAUCAAGCAGAUGAACUAG